AUGAGCGAUCUUCAACGGGCCUGGGCUAAAGCGAAGCUCGGUAUUUCACAUGAUGCGUUUGAUGAGGCUGAGGAGGAGGAGGGGCCCGAGGGCCACGGGGUAGACAAUGCCGCCGACGACGAUUCAUCAUCGGCCUCUUCAGCGUCUUCGGUUUCAUCGACCGGAACUAUUGUGCCAACCGCAAACCAACGGCUAUUUGCGCGCCCGAAUGGAGUCGCCCGGGGACGGACUUUGGAGCCGAUCCCCUGGACGACAUACUUUGAAAGGGAGCUGUUCAUGGAGUCGGAGGACCAAUCGGUCACGUUUCACGCCUUUCUGACCUCGCCUGUCGAUAAAGGACCUUUGUUUGUCAUGCACCACGGAGCUGGCUCUUCGGGGCUGACGUUUGCCGUGGUCGGCUCCGAGAUCCGGAAGCGCAUGCCCAACGCCGGCAUCCUCGCCGUCGACUGCCGCGGCCACGGCUCGACAGUCAGCCAAAACGAGGACGACGUCGAUCUGAGCCUGUCAACGCUCUCCUCGGACCUCCUCUUCAUGAUCUGCGCGGUGCGGGCGCGGAUGGGCUGGGCCGCGCUGCCGCCGCUCGUGCUCGUCGGCCACUCCCUCGGCGGCGCCGUCGUCACCAACCUCGCUAGCACCCGACGCCUCGGCGCCUCGCUGCUCGCCUACGCCGUGCUCGACGUCGUCGAGGGCUCCGCCAUCGACGCCCUGCAGAGCAUGCAGACGUACCUCUCCACACGGCCCGCCGGCUUCGCCAGCGUCGAGGCGGGCGUCGACUGGCACGUCCGCACGCGCACCGUCCGCGGCUCCACGUCCGCGCGCGCCUCCGUUCCCGCGCUCCUGCGCCGCCGCAACGACGAGGAUGUCCCGGCGGGGGGGCUCGCGCGCCCGUGGCGCUGGCGCACCGACCUCGCGGCCACCCAGCCCUUCUGGGAGGGCUGGUUCGCCGGGCUGAGCGCCAAGUUCCUGGCCGCGCCGGGUGGCAAGCUGCUGCUGUUGGCGGGCACGGACCGCCUCGAUACGGCGCUCACGAUCGGCCAGAUGCAGGGCAAGUACAACCUGCAGGUGUUCCCCGAGGCGGGCCACUUCAUCCACGAGGACCUGCCGGAGCAGACGGCCGUCAGCCUGGUGGACUUUUACAAGCGCAACGACAGGAGCCAGCUCGUGCUGCCGCCCAAGGUGUCGGAUCUGCUGAAGCAGGGGAAGAAAGUAUAA